UAGCCCACCCCACCUCUCCCCCCUCCCCACACCUUCCUCUCCCCCUCCCCACCUCCCCCCUCCCCAGCCCUACCUCUACCCCUUCCCCGCCCGUCUCCCCGCCUCUCCUCCCGGCCGAUAUCUCCGCCCUCCCUCCGCCCGGAGCUGCCCGGGCAGGUCCCGGCUCAGGGGGUGAGUCAGCGGGCGGGUCUCUCCGCAGAAAAGCGACCAGUGGGGCAGAGGCGCCGGGCAGAGGCUCGGGGGGAGCGCGGCGAGAGGAGCGCCGGACCGUCUUGCAGCAAGUUCGGGCAAAGCAGCUGAGAGAUGGCAGAUCCUGUGGUUGCAGGUGAUGGAGGCGGAGAGGCGGUGAAGGGGGAGGCUGGUGGUGAGAUCCCCCUCGCCGGACAGAUUGACCCUCCAGGGAGCACAGAGGAGACCCUGGUGUUCUUUGACCUGGAAACCACAGGACUAGAAAAUAACUGUGAGAUUGUGCAGCUGUCGGCAGUGAGCGGCGAGAAGAUCUUUAACAAGUACAUCCUGCCCGCCAAGUCCAUCUCGGAAGGUGCAUCCAGCAUUAAUGGAUUUCAGGUCAUGGAUGGGGUCCUGUACCUGCAAGGGGAACCUCAGACCACCAGCAGCCUCCAGGACACCAUGGAAGCUUUCCUCCAUUUCCUGCAGUCCCUGGGCACCCCUCUGUUAGUAGGUCACAACAACUGGAAGUUUGACGCCCCCAUCCUUCUACGAGUCUGGGAAGAGCUCUCCAUGAAAGAACAGUUUGCCAACUGUAUAACCGGAUUCCUGGAUACUCUCUGGCUCGCCAAGACUGCUGUUCCCAGGUCAGAGGUCCAGAGUUAUAGGCAAACUGAACUAGUGCAAGCAUUUCUCAAGAAAGGUUAUAAAGCUCACAAUGCUGUAGAGGACGCAAAGACUUUGCAGGAGCUGUAUUCUGUCCUAAAAUUUACUCCAGAACAAAAGAGGAGCAGUCAGUUCUCAAUCUCUCAGCUUGAAUGCCAAGUGUCUCUGCAGCCCCUGCUCAAAGAAAAAAUCAUUUUCUUUCAGUUAGCUGACAAACUUGCCUUGCAGGGAGUUAGUCUCCAGAAGCUGCAGUCAACACACCAACAAGGUGGUGACGCAGGACUGAAGAGCUUCCUCCAGUCCCUGGGAUACGUGGAACCUAUUUACAUCAGGCUCUCAAAGUUUUUCAGUAAGUGAAGGGCAGCGUUUUAUUGAUCCUUUGACUGAUGUAAACUCAACAACGAGGACCGCGUGCCCCGGUCAAUAUGCCCCAUCUUCUUCCUUAAAGCUAAAACAUUUUCUGUAGCUAUUUUUACCUAAUCACUCCAGAUCUCGGCAUUGUUGAAACACCUGUAAUAAUGAUGUUAUAUAGAUUGCAAAUGUAUCUUAUGUAAAUCUUAAAUAAAUAAUAGUUUAUAAUUG